CAUUACAGACACACAUGAACAGAAAAAAUGUCGGCGUUAGCUCCUAUGGUGAUAAACUCCCUUUUGGGAAAUCAUAUAAGCGGGGCGGUCAAGCCGGAUUUACCACCAACAGUGACCGAGAAAACGGCUGCCAGUAGUAAAAUCGUUAGAAAACACUACAAUGAUGGCGGGUACCAUCCCCAUGAAGGGUACCACAACCACGAAGGGUAUCAUCCGCAUGAAGAAGGGUAUGAAAAUGGCGGACACACAUACAUACAUCACUACAGUGGCGGAGGAAACUACGGAAAAAAGAAGAGUCGUAGUGUAGCCCUCACUGCCCUCACUUUACUAGCUUUUCUUUUUUUCUUGCAUAUUUUGCAGUCCUGUCUCGAUCAGACGAUGCCCACCACCACAACAACUACGACAGCUGCACCACAAAUAGUUAUUAUGCAGGCAAAACUCAAAGCGGCCAGAGAAUCCACAGANUCCAUCUUCGUUAAUGUCGACUUAGUGAUAUUUACAAAUUUUAUUAACUAA